AUGAGAAACCAUACCUCAUUAACUACAUUCAUACUUCUGGGACUGACGGAUAAUCCUCAAAUGCAGACUCUGAUUUUUAUAUUUCUGUUUGUCACCUAUACAUUGAGUAUAGCUGGGAACCUGAUCAUCAUUAUACUCACUUUGGUGGAUUCCCACCUUAAAAGUGCCAUGUACUUUUUCCUCAAGAACUUCUCCUUCUUGGAAACUUUAUUCACCACGGCCUGUAUUCCCAGGUUCCUCUAUAGUUUAUCAACUGGAGACAAGACUAUUUCCUAUAAUGCUUGUGUUGCUCAAGUGUUUUUUAUCAUCUUCUUUGGAGCUACAGAAUUUUUCCUCCUGGCCAUCAUGUCCUAUGAUCGCUAUGUCGCCAUCUGUAAGCCCUUGCGUUAUGUGACCAUCAUGAACAGCAAAACCCGUGGUUGGCUUAUUUUCUGCUGUUGGUUAGCAGGCUUGUUGGUCAUCCUACCACCACUGUGCCUGGGCUUAAACCUGGAAUUCUGUGACUAUAAUGUCAUUGAUCAUUUUCUCUGUGAUGCCUCUCCUCUACUCAAAAUCUCUUGUUCAGAUACCUGGUUCAUAGAGCAGAUGACCAUUGCCAUUGCUGUAGUGACCACCUUCAUGACACUUCUGUGUAUAAUUCUGUCCUAUAUUUAUAUCAUCAAGACCGUCAUAAAGUUCCCUUCUGCUCAGCAACGGAUGAAAGCCUUCUCUACCUGCUCUUCUCACAUCAUGGUGGUUUCUAUCACAUACGGUAGCUGUAUUUUUGUUUAUAUCAAACCUUCACCAAAGGACGAAGUGGCGAUUAAUAAGGGUGUGUCGGUGCUUACUACUUCAGUUGCCCCCAUGUUAAACCCAUUUAUUUACACCCUGAGGAACGCACAAGUGAAACAAGCUUUUACAGAUUUAAUCAAAAGAAUGUCAAUCAUCUCAAAGUAA